AUGACCACGCAACAGCUGCUACAGGACCCAGUGCGAGCUGCCAUCUAUCGCCGGGGUUGGGAUGAUCGGACGGCAGACAUCCAGCGGACCCUGCAAUACCAGCCAAGGUCCACACGGUUGCCGCCGACCACAUCAGCGAGGCCGCCGACCACACCAGCGAGGACGCCACAAACGGCAGGACGAUGGUCGUCACGGCUGCCAGCACCAAGGCCGCCACGACUGUCAGCGCCGAAGCCAAGACAGCCGAGGCCGGCAGCACCAACGGCGGCCGAGGUGGCAGCCGUACGGGUCCCCAACCCCGUGACGAUCCAGGAACCAGCACCGGUACCAGGACCGUCAGGGGCACCCGUCAUAUCGACGGUGAAGGAGCGGACGGAGGCACAACUGGAGCGGAACCGUAAAAAGUUCCGAAAGCUAAAGGAGAAGAUGAAGGCCCGGGGAGACGUGGCAAGCCAGCAACACCGGCUAGCCAAGCACCCGAGGCCAGAAUCUGAUCCCGAGGCCCCCAGCCAACCUCCACCCGAACCGUCAACGUCGACAGCAAUGGAGGUGGACAUACCGGCGACCGAGGGUGAGACGCCCUUGGAGCCGGUGGCAACCACCAGCCAGGCGCAACUAAGCCAAGUCACCCGACCGGAGGCACCCUCCGAGGACGAUUGGCUAGCUGCGUCAGGUCUGUUGCUGGACGGGCUGCCGGAGAUGGAGGACGACAAACCGUUCUGCACUCCGAUUGGGUCACCAAACCAGUCCUAAGUGCUGCGCAGGUAAGGCGAGCCUACCUCAAGCUAAGGCGAGAGGUAGCGCAAGCCGCACCACACCCCCAAAACAACACCGACCCCGGUACAAGUACACCCGUUUGCGGUUUGGGGGGGGGAGUAUGACACGGUACGCAACGGCUGCCAGUACAAAGUACAGGCAUCGCAGCGACCGGUCUGCACCUUUAUCAACCGCCAUCACGGACGACGACAAGACGGUUCUGUCGACUCUCCCACCAAC